AUGGCUUUAGAUAGUCCUGGCCCUGAUAUCCCCAACCAUGGGGAGUUGGGGACACGGCAUCGUUAUGGCUCUGCUUCUGCCGUGAAGCAGUUGUGGAACAGCUGGUCUAGGAUGGCCCCAGCGAAAGCCCCACUUGUCUGCCUCUUGCUGCUAGGGCUCCUGGCGCUCCAGGCCCACGUCUGCCCUGCCCCUUGCCGCUGCUACAGCCUGACAGUGGAGUGUGGUUCUUUGGGGCUGAAAGACAUCCCGGGGAGCGUCCACCCCUCCACCCAGACCAUUUUCCUGCAGGACAACAGCAUCACGCAGAUCCGCCAACAAGACUUGGCUUCUCUUUGGGAUCUCCAGUAUCUCUACAUGCAGAACAACACCAUCUCGGCCCUGGAGCCAGGAGCCUUCCACAACCAGAAUCGGCUGCUGGAGCUGGCUCUGAAUGGCAACCGGAUCCAUUUGAUCAACAGCAGCAUCUUUAAGGGACUGGAGCACCUGCGUGUCCUCUAUCUCUCUGGCAACCAGAUCACCCGACUCCCUGAUUUCACCUUUUGUGACUUGGAGAGGCUGCAGGAGCUUCACUUGCAAGAGAACAGCAUUGAGACUCUGGAGGACCAAGCACUGACAGGGCUGACCUCACUAGCCCUGCUGGACCUCAGCAAGAACAACCUGCGCACCAUCAGCCGGGUGACCUUGCGGCCCCUCAUCAGUCUGCAAGUGCUGAGGCUGACAGAGAAUCCGUGGCGAUGCGACUGUGCUCUGCACUGGCUCAGCAGCUGGAUCAGGGAGGAAGGGCAGAGGCUCCUGAGUCCGCUGGACAAGAAGAUCGAGUGUUCGGAGCCGCCGCGCCUGGCCUACCAAAGCCUAGCGGACGUCUCCGGCAACAGCUUGAUCUGCAUCCCUCCUCUCGUGCAAGUGCAGCCCCUCGAAGUAAUGGCACGGCUGGGUGAUGACUUGCGCAUCUCCUGCCAGGCCUCGGGCUACCCGCAGCCACUAGUGACAUGGCGUAAACUGGCCCAUUGGCGGGCAGGGGGCUCCAGGGGAAGUCGGGCCCGGCUACCCGGCGGAACCUUUGAGCUGAGCGAGCGCAGCGUGGGGGAGCGCUUUGAGCAGUCAGACACUGGCAGCGGGAUGCUCUUUCUCAACAACGUGACUGUGUCCCAUGCCGGCAAAUACGAGUGUGAGGCUUCCAACCCAGGGGGUAUGGCCCGGGUGCUCUUCCACCUCACGGUUAACCUCUCCCAGCAGCAGCAGCAGCAGCAGUCACAGGGCUACCCAACCUUGGUAGACAUUAGCCAAGAGCCCCUCUACGACAUGGAGAGCAUGGACUUCCAUGCCCUUGGCACGGCCACCCAGACCGCCAUUGCUGUGGCCAUCUCCCUGCUCACCCUGGUGGCCCUCCUCUUGGUGAUCAUGAUCUACCGGAAACACCGCAGGCGGAAAAAGGCCAGGAAGGAGGAGAACGUCCUGUACGUCAACGACUAUUCCGACGGGCCCACCACGUUUGCCCAGCUGGAGGAAUACCGUGAUGAGAGGGGCCACGAAAUGUUUGUCAUUGACCGCAACAAGCCCCUCUUCGCCACUUACAAGGACCCCCAGGGCUUGGCAGGAGUCUUCCCGGAUCAGUUGCAAGACCAGGCGACUCAGACCCCGGAGGGGGAAGAGGACUGUUCCCCAGACGCCAGCGAGCGCUUUGCCAACCAGGGACUGAUGUUCCCUCCUCAGAUAGCAUAUGAAAUCCACUGCUGAGUGGAGCUGCUGAACCCUGGGGCGGAUGGACCCCCACUGGGCUGUCUGCUUGACCUCCG